AAGUGUAAGUGUAGGUGUAGGUAUAGGUGUAGGUGUAGGUGUAGGUAUAAGUGUAGGUGUAGGUGUAAGUAUAGGUGUAGGUGUAGAUGUAAAUGUAGGUGUAGCUGUAUGUGUAAGUGUAACUAUAAGUGUAGGUGUAGGUGUAAGUGUAGCUGUAUGUGUAAGUGUAAGUAUAGGUGUAGGUGUAAGUGUAGGUGUAAGUGUAGAUGUAAAUGUAGGUGUAGCUGUAUGUGUAAAUGUAGGUGUGAGUGUAGGUGUAAGUGUAAGUGUAGAUGUAAGUGUAGGUGUAGGUGAAAGUAUAAGUGUAGGUGUAGGUGUAGGAAUAGGUGUAAGUGUAGGUGAGGUGUGAGUGUAGGUAUAGGUGUAAGUGUAAGUGUAAGUGUAGGUGUAGGUGUAAGUGUAGGUGUAGGUGUAAAUGUAGGUGUAGGUGUAGAUGUAAAUGUAGGUGUAGAUGUAAGUGUAAGUGUAGGUAUAAUUCAUAUAACCUGCUUCAAUUAUGUUAUUUGUCUUUAUUUUCCUGUUUUAAAUGUGACUUUAUUUUCUAUUAUUAUCCAUUUAAGCUAAUCAAGAAAAAUGCAUUAAGUUUAGUUCAUUAAAAUGUCGCGAUAUCGCGGGACGUUAAUCGUUGUAAAUAUCGCGAUAUCGUGCACGCGGUCAGCAUUGUGCAUCGCUGCGGUCCGGCCUGUAGGUGGAGUGACGGAAACAUCCACACGCGCUCUCCUCCUCCUCCUCCCCUUCACCCUCCCGGUCUCUCGCUCGCGCUUCUCCGCCACGCAAAAACUCUACCGUAGGGAGCGUCUGGAGUCUCGAGCUGCUGGGCACGUAGAGCGCGCGGCACCGGGAGACAGAAGAGAACAGAUCAGCGCGCGCCUUUUCUGUCCAUGCGACUUCAGAGAGGAAUUAUAAACCGCGCGCGCGCGUGUGUGUGUUAAAAUUAUUUUCAAUCAUUCAUUUUUUAAAAAAAAAUAAAAAAACGAGGCAGAGUCUCCAGCGCGCGAGCCUCCGUGAGGAGGAAUGGAGGGAGGAGGGCGCGUGCCGGUGCAUUUCAUGAAAAGCUUGAAGAUGAACGGAUGAAUUUUGCGUGCGCGUGAUGAACACAACCCAGGGAUGAUUGACCUGUUUUCCGCCAGCGCAUGUUUUCUGUUAUUAUUUUUAUUAUCGCAUAUUUACCGAUUGUCCGUCUCGUCAUGAUCUGAGGCUCGGUGAUGGACUGCAUGGAUUUACCGUGAACUCGGAUCGUUCCUCAGAUCGCAUACGAGCCAGUGAGAUGUGGCGGUGUGUUGCAUGCGCAGUGAAGCUGCAGUGUGGAGUGUAGCCUUCAUGGCCUUCCUGUGAGAAGCUGAGUGAGAAGGAGGAGAUGGAGAAGUUCCUGCAGAUCGCACCUCACUCCCUGGCCAUCGUGCUGAGCCGUGUAGGCUCGGACAACUCUCCCUCGGUCACGGAGAAGCUCCAGCACCAUCACACCGGAUACGAGAUCUUUGCUGACUUCAAAGCCGAGAACAUGCAGCACUUCUGGAACAAGAAGGUGACGGACGCCAUAGCGGAGACCUUCUUCCUGGGAUGGAUAGACGAGCACGUCCUGCUCAUCCAGGGCAAGGAGGAUCACUUGGAAGUGCUCAGGGAAGGAUGGACGCGCAGGGCCCUCAAACCUCCACGAGGCUUCGAGAUCAAGUGCAUAGCUUGCUUUUGUCCCGUAGACAGCUCUCUGAUCUUCAUGUGGGUUUAACAACAAAUGCAGUCUUCACAGGCGGACCCAAAGGCUCAAACCAAGACUAGACAUUGCCAGCUAUCAAUUGUUUAAAUAAUCAGUAACAAGAAACACCUGUCAGUCCCAUUUCAUAUAUUUUUGCAUGAGCUCAAACAAAAGGUGCCACGUCCUAAGUUCUAAUGAGAUCUGAAGUUUUGUUCCAUCAUCUCAUUCAUCUUCUGAUCUCCACACCUUGCCGUGCCAUUUCGUUCCAAUACUUUCGGAGGGAACUGUCACACCGUCGCUGCCACCGUUGGGCCUCCGAGCACAGCAAGGCCCUUACACCUCUUUGCUCUUGGGGCGCUGUAUCAUGGAUAAUAAAGCACUCCAACUGAUCUGACUGAUCUGAUCUGAUCUGAUCUGAUCUGAUCCGACCACAACUUCAUAACAAGCUGGGAUAUGUGAAGAAAAAAAGAGAGAAUUUUACUGUGCUGUAACGUAUGUGUGACAAAUAAAGGCUUCUUCUUCUAUACACGUGUUUACAUGUGUGCAUGUGUAAAUAUGUGUAUUGUUCAGCAAGAAGCUAACAUUAUAGCUAACUUAUUAGCAGCAUUAACUGUGUAUAUGUAAUGUGGAGUAAAGGUCAGCUAGCAGGCUGUGUGUGUGUGUGUGUGUGUGUGUGUGUGUGUGGUUCUCAGCUGAAGCUCAGGUCAGUGGUUAGUUAUAAAUGAGGGGAUUUGUUUAAUCAUUACUCAUGCUUAUAGCUCAUUACACUUAGAUCUUUAAAUAUAAGUCAUCGAGAGUUUCUGGGUUAGUAAAUACUUUUUUAUCGUUUUGGAUUUGAGACGCAGGUCAUGACGAUAAUCAAGAUGACGGCGGAACGUUGUAAAGAGAGACGGAGAGCGUCAGUGUGUUUAACGUUGCCGUGCGUGAAAUCGCUAAGCGUUUUGGCUCUGAAAUGCCGUCUAGUGGAUGAUUUUAAUCCUCCAGAUGUGCAUUAAAUCCGCCAGGUGUCAAGUAUAAACCGGCAUUAACUGGAGGACCGGGUCUGCACUAGCGGUUGCACAAAGUAAUCCGGCGGCGGAAAAACCCAGCGAGGCAGAAGGUGAAGAAAGCAGCUGGAUGUACGUUGUUAGUCUGAAGAUACUUCAGAUUCGAUGAAACCAAUUCCCCAAUAAAUCUUUCUUCCGCUUUAAAGCGUGAAGUAGCGUUGCGUCCGAGUCCACCUCUGUCGAGUCCGAGUCGAGACCAAGUCCUUAACCGAUAGUCUUUCAACUUGAAGAAAGUGUUUUGCGCGGUCUUUCGCGGUGAUGUUUGGUGGAAAUCGAGACCUUUUAGCUGUACUCAUGUUCGACACGCGGGACUCGAAGAGGGCUGAGUCUGAAGACGUCACAUGACACGUCUUGGCCCAGAUCUGCAGCGCUUCCUUGAUGUUGUGUUCGUUUCUGCGAUAGCAAAAUCACGGAAUCCUGGAGGGACUGACCGGCCGUGUUAUCUGAGCUGGUAGUGUAACACCACACACAGUCGGACACGGUUUGUUUAUGUUUCAUUGCUGCACAAACGAAACAGCCUUAAAACAGCGCUGUCCUGAAACAGCUCUUGGGUUUAAGUCAUCGUCAAUUAAGUCAUCGUGGGGUUUAAGUCAUCGUCUUCUUUCAAAUUGAAAUGACGACACUGUCUAACAAAACCCGUGUGAUUUCUACGUCAGAUUUAUAGUAAUCAUAACGAGGGAGAGGGAUUUUUAGUUGCGUUUGAUAUUUGAGGAUGUAGGAGGAUGUAGGAGGGUGUGCAGGGGUUUUAAAGUUUUUAAAGAUGGACGUGUUUGAAACUAAGCGAAUGAUGGGUUUUUUUUCUUUUCACUUUAAUUGGAAAGGUCCGUCUCGAUAAUGGGCGUCCGGAUGGAACUGCUGGAAGUUUCCUUCACGUUCUCCUUCAGGAAUAAUUGUAUUUAAUCAGAUGUACGAAGGUUAAAGUGUGAGAUACCCAGCAUGCUAGCACGUAGCGUGUCGGUUUCCUAAAGCUAACGGAUUUAUGCGUUGUAAACGCACCUUCGUGUCUGAGCUCAUUUUUUCAUCUUAGCACAAUACCUGUGGAGUGCGAGGAUCUGGAGACGCCUUUCAUUAUCCCUUUAGAAGUGCAGGAAAUAGGAGCCGUGGUGCUGCUUGUGGUGGUGGCGGAGCAAGAUGGAUGGAUGGAUGGAUGGAUGGAUGGUUUGCUCUGAAUAUGCAGGUGAUGAGGUUUCACAUUUCGAGAGAGGUCACAGAUCAGGAAUUUCAGGUGCUUCCUGAACAAGGCUCACACGCAGGUAUACUACAGGAAGGAAGGAGGAAGGUGUGUGAGGAUCUGACGCUGACUUCACACAUGCAGCAUGGAACAGCGAGAAGCUUAGCGGUUGAGUUGAAGCUCGAAAAGCGUAAAAAUGAGAUACAAGUUGAGUUAAUGGCUUGGUUUUUUUUGUUUUUGUUUAGGCAGAUUUGAACAGGGUUCAUGUGCAUGCUGCUCUGGAGUAAUUAAAUCAUGUGCAGGAACUCCUGUGUGAGCUUAUUUCUGUUUUGAUCAGACGUGGUGUUUUCCUCCCUCUCCCCUUGAGAAAAUUACACACCACAUUACCUGCUGUAUGAUUUUAAACAACUCUGCGCUCGUCUGAUCAUUUUAUUCCCGUCCCAGAUCGACUCCUCUGUGAUUCUGCAGAAAGUUGCUGCCUCGGGCAUUCGGGGGAAAAGUUUUUUAAACACUACUGCGCACUUUAGCUUUUAGUCCACUAGUGUGUGAAUCCGUACUGAACAAUCGGGAGAUCAGAAGAGUGUGUCCUCGCGGGCUGAUUAACGGAGCGGUUAUAAUGACGACUACAGCCAGAAACCUCUUUUUUAAUUUUUUUAACAAUAACACGCUCAGACGUCAGUGUGUAAGUGAUGUGAUUCGUCUCACAUACACAGGGAUAUCUUUCAUGUGUGCGUAUGUGUGUAUAAAAUAAAGGAAUGUCACUACACGCUGUGCGUUUCAGUAUCUCUGCUCUAGACAAAGAAGCUUAGGACUUGACAAUGUCUCGCCACACCGAGUGUGUUUCCGUUCCAAACCAGAUGAGGAAGGAAGGCAUAAGGACCGGCAGGAAAAGGAACCAAUGCUUCAACAUACACACACACACACACACACACACACAUACACACAUACACACAUGCACACUAACAAGUACUGUGGUUUAUCAAUAGCAGGAAAGGGAGGAGAAGACAGAGGAGAGAAUAGAGGGAAAUGAGCAGAGCAAUAACAAAUCAACACUACAGAGUGAGGGAGUGAGUUAGUGAUUUUGUGAGUGAGUGAGGGAGUGAAUGAGUGAGGGAGUGGGUGAGGGAAUGAGUUAGUGAGGGAGUGAAUGAGUGAGUGAAUGAGGGAGUGAGUGAAUGAGUGAGUG